AUGUUUUUCUUCUCAGGAACUGUGUGGACUCAGAAUAUUUUGAGUUUAAUAAUUUAUGAAGGCCACCGUAAUGGAACGGAAGACAUAGAGAACAUGGAAAGAAUCCCAUGGCUGGAAUACAAUAAUAACAGUACUGAUUAUGCAGCUUUUUGUUCACCUCGUGUCUUUGCCACUCAUCUACCUUACUACUUAACUCCAAGAGACCUGAGAAACAAAAGAGCACGUGUUAUUUAUGUUACCAGGAACCCCAAGGAUGUUGUGGUUUCGUAUUAUCACUUUUCCAAAAUCRURUMCACGCUAGAGGAAGUAUCAGAUUUCAACCUUUUCUUAGAGAGAUUUUUAGCUGGCAAAGUCGUGGGUGGUUCAUGGGUGGAUCACGUUACAGGCUGGUACAGCCACGCUCAGGAUUUCAACAUACUCUUCCUUACCUACGAAGAAAUGAAAAAGGAUCUCAGAAGUGCUGUGCUCAAGAUCUGCAACUUCCUGGGCAAGCAGYUGAGUGAAGAGGAAGUGGAAGGCGUGGUGAGACAGGCUACGUUUGAGAACAUGAGGAAAGAUCCCCGGGCAAACUAUGAGAAWAUACCAGGAUACCUCAAAGAAGACAAAAAGGGUCACUUUCUACGUAAAGGCACUGUUGGAGACUGGAAAAACCUCAUGACAGUAGCACAGAGUGAAAGGGUUGAUGAAGUUCUGAAAAAGAAAAUGGAGAGUCUGCCCAUCAAAUUCAUCUGGGAUAUUAACGAUAAGAUGUAGGCUCCUUUCCUGGGUCAUCAUCCUUUGCUGUUCAGAGUGGAUGUACACRUUGGGUGUUGUGAAAGAACUAGCC